UCCUACCACAACUCCCUCUCGACCCUCGUGCGUUCUUAAAACCCCAAGACUCGGAAGCACAAAGAAACUCUCCGGAAGAGGAGAGAAGCGAAGCGACGACGCCAUCGCGCGAGUCCCAACCGGAUACCAUCCAGGGGUGCAGGGUUUCUGGGAGGCAUAUCGAUCGACGACCAGCGCGUAAUCUCGGAGAUUCGUAGUUUCUCGUUCCAGAUUCUUCCGCCCUUCGUCGCUGAUUGACCGGAAAGAUGGAUUGGAGUAUCGGGCCCGAGGAGCAGGUUCUUUGGCCGGCGUCGGUUCUCGCCGGCGUCGUCAUGUGCGGCGCGGUUUAUGAGACAACUCGCCAGAUUAGCUCUCGCUGCUUCAAGUGCUAUGAUGGGUUAAGUCCAAUGCAAAAGGUUGAGUGGAAUAACAGGGGCUUCUCAACGUUCCAUGCAUUGGUUGCUGCUGCCGUGUCUUUUUACGUAGUCAUGGUAUCAGGCCUCUUCAGUGAAGAUAUCAAUAAUAGCAUACUCAUUGGUAGAAAAUCAUGGUUAUCUGAUUCCAUGUUUGGGGUCUCGAUUGGUUACUUCUUGACAGACUUGGCGAUGAUCCUAUGGUACUUUCCUUCUUUAGGUGGAAAGGAAUUUCUCCUCCAUCAUGGACUUUCCAUGUAUGCCAUCGGUCUUGCUUUGUUCAGUGGAAAAGCACACAUGUACAUUCUUAUGGUCCUCUUCACUGAAGCUACCACUCCCUUUGUGAACCUUAGAUGGUAUCUGGAUGUUGCUGGUCAGAAGACUCACAGGCUCUACUUAUGCAACGGACUGGCUCUGUUUGUCGGGUGGCUGGUUGCUCGGAUAAUCUUGUUCGUAUAUUUCUUCAGUCACAUGUACUUCCACUUUGAUCAGGUGAAGUCCAUCUUCGCCCUGGGAUUCUACAGCAUAAUGACGGUGCCACCUACCAUCGCCGCGAUGAACGUGUUUUGGUUCUGGAAGAUAUCCAAGGGGAUGGUGAAAACCCUCUGCAAGAGCAAGAGCAAGGCGCUUAACGGAAACGGGAAGACGGACUAGAACUCUAGAAGAGAGGAUGCAGUGAUUCUAACACUUUUUUUUCUUUAGAUCAGAGAUUGUUUCUCGUAGAUAGUUAAACUGUUGAAGGUUGCGAAAAUCUCUAGAGUCUUGGUAUUUGAUUGCUUUAUUUUCUCUGAAAUGCGUCCGUUCUUGUGACAACUGAAUCAGUACCAAGAGUUGGAAACUGAUUAUGACAGAUGAUCGCUGAAUCUAUUCCUGUUCACUUU